AUGGUCAUCAAGUGUGACUACAGACAGACAGGGAGCUCUUCCCUGCUUCUGAGAUCUGUCUAUAACUUCAGCAGCCCAGAUUCAGUUAAUGGAUGGAACAAUAAGUCAGUGGUUACUGAAUUCAUUUUAUUGGGUCUGUCUAGCUCUAGAGAACUCCAGUUCUUCUUUUUCUUUAUCUUCUCUGUGUUUUAUGGAGCUGCAAUGUUGGGAAACAUCCUUAUCAUCCUCAUGGUAAUUACAAACUCUCGCUUGCAUUCCCCAAUGUACUUCCUUCUUAGUAAUCUCUCCUUCAUUGAUAUAUGUCAGGCUACAUUUGCCACUCCCAAGAUGAUUGCAGACUUCCUCGAUGAGCAAAAGACCAUCACCUUUCAGGGAUGCAUGUUACAAAUAUUUUUCUUGCAUGUUUUUGGGGGUAGUGAGAUGGUGCUUCUUGUUGCCAUGGCCUAUGAUAGAUACAUUGCUAUAUGCAAACCUCUGCACUACAUGACCAUCAUGAGCCGAAGGGUGUGCAUUGUUCUGGUGGGGGUCUCCUGGGCCAUUGGCAUCCUGCACUCAGCCAGCCACCUGGCAUUCACAGUUGAUCUUCCUUUCUGUGGACCCAACAAGGUAGACAAUUUCUUUUGUGAUCUCCCCCUCGUGAUCAAGCUUGCUUGUUUAGACACAUAUGUUCUAGAGAUCCUGGUGCUCACCAACAGUGGCCUGCUCUCACUUACCUGCUUCCUCCUUUUGCUCAUUUCUUACACUAUCAUCCUUGCUACGGUCCAUCGUCAAGCCUCUGGUGGGACGUCCAAGGCACUUUCCACCCUGUCUGCCCACGUCACUGUUGUGGUUCUGUUCUUUGGCCCAUUAAUCUUCAUCUAUAUUUGGCCCUUUGAAAGCUUCCCGAUUGAUAAAUUUAUCUCUGUGUGCUUUACUGUCUUCACUCCUCUCCUUAACCCCAUGAUUUACACGCUGAGGAAUAAAGAUGUAAAGGAAGCUAUGAAGAAGCUAAGGAACUGGCAAGUGGGUUCCAAGCAGGGCUUUAAGACAAUGUGA